GUAAAAAUGAGUGAGUCAAAGGAAAACAAUGAAGCAGCCAAUGUCUCUUUUAAUAAGCAAAGAAGCAGCCCUAAAGCUAAGCUCGAUCAUAUUUCAGAAGAAGUUAAAGAGCUAGAAGAUAACUAUAUACAAAUCAAAGAAUCUGAUGCUAAAGAAUUUCAAGAUCAAGAAAAUGAAGAUAGAAGUCUUCAGGACUCAAUAAAAGAACUUGAAGGUAGAAUCAAAUUAGAGCAUGAUCUCGCUGAUCGUGAGAAGAAAGAGCUUGAAAAGUCCAAAGUGAUUUUUGAAGAGAAUUUGAAGAAAAUUGCAGGUGAAAAAGCUGAUCAUGAGAAACAGACUUCUAAACAAAUAGAGCUUUAUCAGUUGUCUAUAGAAGAACUCAAGCAAAAAGAUGCUCAAAUUCAAGAGAAGAUAGAUAAAGAUAAGGAAGAGAUCAACAAGAUUCAAGAGGAGUUAGCUAAACUUGCAAAGGAAGAAGCCUUAUUAGAUUACAGCAAGAAAAAAUAAACAGCUUUUAAAAGAGAUUGCCGAACUUGAAGAAAGAUGUGAUGCUGAGGAGAAGUUGCAAAAUCAGGAGCAAUGCUAUCUUCGCCAGCUUAAUGAAACCUUUGAAAAUGAAAAGAAGUCCUUUCAGUGAAGAAUCUCGGAGGAAAAAGAGAAAUACUAUAAAGCUAAAGAUCUCUCUCUGAAAAAGUCCCUAGAGGCUAAAGAUAAGAUCAAAAGUUUAGAAGAUGAGCUUGUUAAAGCAAAAAGUAUUAAACUUCAGAAGCAAGAUCAUUAUAAUGAGCUUACUGAAAAGAAGGGAGAAAGGCUAUCUCAACUAGAGAAGAAUACUGAAAAUUACAGAGAAGGGUUCGAAUCAGACGAUUCAAGAAUUACUGAGAUUAAUAAAGAUAUUCAUGACUAUGACAUAAAGAUCUCUGAACUCAAUGAGAAGAUUAAAUGAAUUAGGCAUGACAUCAAUGAAUGCGAAGAAUCAAUCGGACAGAAGAAGAAACUAGAGAAUUUUGAGCUUGAACAAGAAGUUGAAAAGUUCAAAGAGUUACUAGAUCAUAAAAAGGAAGAACUCAAAAGUAGGUUUGAAGAUCUGAAAGAAAAGGAAAUUAAUGCUAAGAAGAAUUAUCUGCAAGCAAAGAAGAAGAAUGAGCAAAGAAAUAACCUGUAUAUCCUCGUCAUUUGUAUCUUCAUUUUACUGGUAGUUGGAUCUAUUCCAAUCAAGAGGUUUUAUGCAAUGCUUUUCCAUUAAGUUCCAAUACCCAUCACUAAAAUUG